AUGGCGGUGUUCGGGGCACCGGUGCUGGUGGGAGCGCCGAAGACGACAUUAGCUUGGAUCGAGGGGCCGAUCCGGGAGGCGUUACGGACAGCCUUGGGCGUCCCACGUACGACCCCUCUGAGGUCAUUAUAUGCUGAAACAAGCUAUAUCCCACUGAAGGAGCGGAUCCGGAUGAAGGCGUUAAAGAUCGGGAUAGUUAACUUCUCCAGAGGGAAAUAUAGUCCGUUACAUCGGAUCUUGGCAACGAAGGAAGGUAUUCUAUACUACAAAUGGAGGAAGAACCAACAGCCAUAUGUAGCGUGGCUGUAUGAGGAGGCUAGCCGUUCAAAAAUUCCAAUCAACCGGAUUUACAGACAACAGUCGGUGCCGCCGGAGGCGGAGGCAGUAAGGAGGAGGCUGAGUUUGACAGAUUAUAGGGAGGUGGAAGGGUUAUUACCGGAAGCGUAUCGGGCGCAUUUUUGCUGGAUAACGGAUAAUAAGUGGCCAAAGUGGAUACUUAUGGGGGUGGAUGCCUCGAAGUCGGAGGGCCAUACGUUUUUAGGGAUAGUGAUCCCGUCGCAGGGGAGGUCAGGGGCCUGGUUACUAAAUGAGGCCUGCAGUGUGUUUGGGGCGGAGGCACAGGGGCUCCUGUGGUCUCUAAGGGUGAUGGGGAAGGUUAAAGAGCCGUGCGCGGUUUUUUCGGAUAGUUUGUCGGUACUUACUGCUGUGGCGAACGUGGGAUUUUCAUCCCCGGGCGUAAUUAUUGAUUUCGCAGCGGGCCUGGGUUUAAGGCAGGAAGCCUGCGUGGCCGGGUGGACCCCAGGGCAUACAGGGGUUCUUAUUAACGAAGGCGCAGAUAGGUUGGCAAGGGUCGGGGAACCUGACGGAUCGAUCUGGCGGGCGUUAAUGCCACGGGACGUGGCAAGGGCGGACAGGGUGAGGGUAAUUCACCGGCUAACGGAGUGUUGGACAUCCGACUUGAGGAGAAAGGGCAGGGAAUAUCUUUGUCCGUUUGCCAACUGGCACUAUAAAUUCGCGUCGAACAGGUAUAUGGAGACUGUACUCGCGCGCUUGCAUACGGAGACGGCCCCUUUGAAUGAUUUUUUGCACUCCAGACGGCUACACGACACGCCUCAAUGCCCUCACUGUAAGGAGAGGGAAACGGCAGCGCACUUCUGGCUAGAAUGUCCGGAAUACGCCAACGCUCGCAGAGACCUGGGCACCGCCCUAGGAGUAAGACUAACUGAUAAGAGCACAAUGUGGGAAAUCUAUGCGCCGACGACAAAGAUCACACCCCGCCAUCUAGUGGUGGCGUUAGAAGCAUACAUCGCAUGA